AUGGCAAAGUCUCUUCAUAUUGCAAUGUUUGUAUCCAUAGUUUUGUUCUUCACGUCAUACCAAAUUUCUUCCCAAGAAAUUGAUCAAUAUUCACAAGAGGUACCUGAAGAUGUGAAGAUAUCUCCUGCAUCGGAUUUUGAUAUUUACGUCGAAUCUCCUGAUGAACCUCCAUCUAAAGAAGCUGAUUCACCCGCAAUGGAAUAUGGGAGGAAGUUUGGACAUCAUUACACGGACAAAGAGCUUGCUUUUUUUAAGGUUUGCUUUCAAAAGCUGAACUCAUCACACUGUGGAGAUGAUUUGUUCAAGAACAUGGUAGAUGAUGGAAAGCCAGUAUUGUUAGCUGAAUGUUGUGGUGAACUACUAAAGAUUGGCAAAUAUUGUUAUCUAGGAAUGGCUCAAUUCAUUUUAUCGAGUUACGAGUUUAGAAAUAUUGUGUCUAAGGCUAUUCCAAAAAGCAAACAGACAUGGAGCGAUUGUGUUCGUGUAAUUGAGAAUCAGAACUCAGUUUGGCAAUUUGAUCGUCUUUGA